UACUGUCACCUUUUGAAAUUCACCUUAAGUAAAAUAUAACAACCGGCUAAUUUUCACACAGAUAUUAACUAUUCAACUGAUUAACUACGCACAAAGUUAGAUUAAUUUUAACAAUAAUGGCCACUCAAGAGGAAUUCAACAAAGCUGCUGAAGAUGUCAAAAAUUUGAAAACUACACCCGCCGAUAAUGAUUUAUUAGAAUUGUAUAGUUUGUACAAGCAGGCUACCGUUGGCGAUUGUAAUACAGAUAAACCUGGAUUUUUGGACUUCAAAGGAAAGGCCAAAUGGGAAGCUUGGAAUAAUCGUAAGGGUAUGUCAACUGCUGAUGCUACUAACGCUUAUGUAGAAAAAGUUAAAGGAUUAAUCGCCUCCGUCGGUCUUAAAGCAUAAAAUGAGAAAACACAACGAAUAUUUUGAAACAAGUCCAGUUUUUUUUUAUUAAAUUAUUACUUAUAGCAUUUAUUACAAAAAAUAAAUGAUUAAAUAAAUAUUAGAGUAAAUGUAUAAACAUACAAUAUAAUUGCACAUUUUUAUAAGGUAUAAAAUAAAGUAAAUACCUUUUUCAAGUUUAAUAUAA